GCACUGCCUGUAUUUAGCAGCGUGGUUGGCAGGAGGCAUGAUUAGAUUGUAGUUUGGCACGUAGACCAAGUAAGCCAAAUCUCGUUGAAAAAAUAUAAAGGAGUUGUAUAUCAGUAACAGUACGUGUUAACGUGAAGUUCAUCGUGGAAGGAGCGUGGUUUAUGUUUUACGCAUUGUGAUUAUGAUAUGUUCACGACCAUUGCUGUUUGCUUCUUAACUCAGAAACAGCACAUUCAUACAUCACUGCUUUGUCAUGGUUACUUUGUUUGGCAUUCCAUUAAUUGGGACUCUUUUCAUACCUACUUUGCUGGGUUUUUUAACAUUCUACAUUAUUUGGUCCCUUUCCACCAGAAAGAAGGAUGCAGACUGCACUGUUGAACAAAUUUUGCCAAGUGAUUCAGCAUUGACUGUAAAUAAUAUUGGCUCAAAACCAAAAAGGAAAGUGUUUGGUAAUAGAGCAGAUUCUGUAAGUAUUGGACAGGAUGAUAAUUCUUACAGUAAAGGUGACAGUAAUAGUCUGCCACAAGUAAAAUUACAUUAUACUCAAAACGCCAAGAGAAAAGUCUUUGGAAGUAAGGUUGGAGAGCUUACCUCUUUGUCAUUACAACUUGAAAAUAACCUUGCCAAGAAAAACACAAGAAAGAAGCGUUGUAAAGGUAAAAGUCGUUGCUGUUCAAAGAAGAAAGGCCCAAGUAAAGUAUUAGAAGGAACUAUCGAAAUUGUGAAAGUGUUUUUUGGAACACAAACAGGAAAGUCUAAGACGUUCAGUACGAAAUUGGGCAGGUGCUGUGAGCAGAUUGGGUUGAGCGUGGAACUGGUUGAUUUGGCAAGUUUUGAUCCUGAGGAAAGACUGCUAGAAGAGACAUCUGGAAAAAGCCUGUGUGUGUUCAUUUUGCCUACACAUACUGAUGGCAAGCCACCCGAGAGUGCUGCCUGGUUCUGCAAGUGGCUCGAAGAGGCUUCAAAUGACUUCAGAGUUGAAAGGGAGUUGUUUAAAGGCAUGAAAUUUGCUGUAUUUGGGCUAGGCAACUCCCAGUACAAGGAUCAUUUCAAUCAGGUGGGGAAACAGGUGGACAGAUGGCUGCAGGAUCUGCAUGCUGCUCGUUUUAUAAAACUUGGUGUGGGCGAUGAAGAUACUUCUGCUAGCAAACGUGGAAGCAUCGAGGCUGACUUUCAGGACUGGAUUGACCAGCUGUGGAUGAGAGUGGACAGGUUCAGGACUGCGUGCCAAUGUGAUGGAAGUGAGCAAGAAAAGGCAGAGUCAUCUUGUGAUUCGAGUAGCGAAGGUUGUGACUCUGAUGGUAAUAGUUCUGGACAAGAUUCACAUGGAACUGGUGUCAUAGAUCUGGAAGAGUUGGGCGCUUUCUCGAGUUCUUUUCGGGCAGCUCGAGAAAAGGAAGUGGAAGAAAAUUCGCCGCGGGAAAUGGUUACCGCGGCGCUGAGAGACAGUCUGACCAGACAGGGGUACCGGAUCGUUGGCACGCAUUCUGGCGUUAAGCUCUGCCGUUGGACCAAGUCGAUGCUUCGUGGACGUGGAGGCUGCUACAAACACAGUUUCUAUGGUAUAGAAAGCCACCGAUGCAUGGAAACUACUCCGAGUCUGGCUUGUGCUAAUAAGUGUGUGUUUUGUUGGCGCCAUCACUCAAAUCCUGUGGGAACAGAAUGGCGUUGGAAGAUGGAUCCUCCUGACAAAAUACUGAAGGACUCUCUUGAGAACCACUAUAAUAUGAUAAAACAGUUCAAAGGUGUACCUGGAGUUUUGCCAGAGCGAUUUGCGGAAGGAAUGGACGUGAAACAUUGUGCAUUGUCAUUGGUUGGUGAACCGAUUAUGUACCCUGAGAUAAGUAAUUUUGUACUUCUUCUCCACGAACAUGGAAUUUCAACAUUUCUGGUCACCAAUGCUCAGUUCCCAAAAGCACUCAGGGACAUGGGUCCAGUAACACAACUGUAUGUGAGCGUGGACGCCAGCACCAAAUCCAGUCUUCGGAAGAUUGACCGUCCCCUGUUCAAAGACUUCUGGGAGAGGUUCAUAGACAGUCUGAAAGCUCUCUCUGAAAAGGGUCAGCGGACGGUUUAUAGACUCACACUGGUGAAGUCAUGGAAUGUUGAUGAGAUUAUGGAUUAUUCCAAAUUAGUAGAAAUUGGUAAACCAGAUUUCAUUGAAGUAAAGGGUGUGACUUAUUGUGGAACUUCCAAAGCUAGUAACUUAACAAUGGAAAAUGUACCUUGGCAUGAAGAAGUUAUCACAUUUGUAAAGAAAUUAGGAGAUCUCCUACCGGAUUAUGAGAUUGCCUCGGAACACGAACAUUCCAACUGUGUUCUGUUAGCCCACAGGAAGUUCAAAGUAAAUGGAGAAUGGUGGACAUGGAUUGAUUACAACAAAUUCCAUGAACUAGUGCAGAGGUACUAUUCAACUGAUGGAGCAUCCACUUUUACAGCUGAGGAUUACAUGUUUAAGACUCCUCCCUGGGCUGUGUUUGGGGCUUCAGAGAGAGGAUUUGACCCAGUAGAAAAACGUUGGCACCGCAAAAGAUUGCCAGGAAAAGACAUUUCAGGCUGCUGAUUCAUAUCAUAAUGCUGUGUAUUAACCUAAAUUUAAAGUUUGGUUGCAUUUUUGAACAGCAAAUUUCUCAAUUGGAAUUUUUUUAACUGUAAAAUGCUGUUCAAAUGUGAUAAAUAUAAGAUGACUUAAACAUGAGAAAUGGUAAGUUUUACUUAUUCUUUAGUUGUAUUAGUGCUGGCUUUGUGUAGUACAAGCUAAAUCAGCUUACUACAUUGAGUGGAAAUGUUUUGUAUGUAACUCACUCAUUCGUUCCAUGGUGCAGGAAGUUCUUUGAAAAGUCUCGGUUGUAUACUCGGCUUGUCAAAGAAUAGCCCACUUUCUUUAUGGAACCCGAAGGUUCAUCACUGGUUCGCCAACAGACUGUCCUGAGCCAGCUGCAUCCAGUUCACACCAUUGAUUCCUGUCUCCGUGAAGUCCAUCUUAACGUUAUCCUCCCACCUACACCUGGUUCUUCUCAGUGGUCUCCUCCCUUCAGACCUCCCAAUCAAUAUCUUGUAAACACUUCUCUCCCACAUGUCCCACCCACCUCAUCCUCCACCCUAACAGUAGGACGCUAGGACUGUCCAGUGACACAUUGUAUUGAGAUUUCAUGUCCAUCCGGUCAGGCAUUUGACAUUAACAACACUCACUUUGAGGUAAGGAUUUCUUUUGUACAGUAAUUAUUUUCAUUGUCGGACAUGUUGAAAUUGUGUUGAUGAACUUCAUUUGUGAUCCAGCAUUUACUCCACACAUGUAUUUAUUCCAUACUGUUGCUGUGAACUGUGUGGAUUUUAGAAGUUAUUCAGCAAAACAUGUUUUUUUUAAAAAAAAGUUAAUGAUGGUAAAAGUGGUAACAUAUUUUGUGAAUCAUAUUGUCUUAUACAAGUACACACACAUGACCCAUGCUUUAUUAUGUCUCGUUUAGUCUCAAAAUGGUUCAUGAGACCUGAAUUAUAUGAUUGCAUAGUUGCUGCCUGCUUCUAGGAAACUCCAGCAACAAGUUUUGCAGUAUAAUUAUGACAUGUAUUUGUUGUUUUUGCUUUCUUGUAUUUACAUGUGUGUAAUAAGAUUUUUAUUGUGGCAUGAUUAAUUUAUAUAGCUUCAUUGCUUAGUGUUAUAUUAAGUGACAAUGCUAAUGAUUAGCAUAAUCUUGUUGGUUUCCUGUCAAAAUCCUUAUUUUCUUGAGAGUUUGCUGCACUGAUUACAUUAUUUAAUCCUACUCUGCUAGAAUCUGUUUUGCCAACUGUAACUUCAUUUUGCAAGAAAACAAUGAUAAAACGUGUGCUUUCAGAUUUGCUUGCUACAGCUCUCUAUGUUUAAAUGUUUAAGGGAUGCUGCUAUGUCUGCAUUCAGUGGUUGUAGAAAGGAAGCAGUGUCGGUCCUCGGGCACAUUUAACUGAUAUCAGUUAAGGUAGUGUUCGAUUUUUUCCAUCAUAAAUAUACUGUGUCUGCAGUGUAACAACAUUUUAAUUUUUGUCAGUGACCUUCAAGUUAUCAUUUGAAGUGUUCAGAACAUCAUAUGUUGUAAGUAGGAUUUGAAGUUUUCACAUCAGUGAGUCUGAAGAUGGCUGUCUUCUGGGUUGUAGUGCCAAGUAGUCUGAUAUAACUUUAGUAACGUUUCAGAGGUCCUUGCUGCCUCCAUCAUCGGAUUGAUUAUUGCCUACCAGACUGUGCAGUGCUGUAACCCAGAAGACAGCCGUCUUCAUCAUAUGUUCUGCUAUUUUUCUUCUGUUUGGUCCCAUCUCCAUGAAUCAAGCCUAGGUUAGAUAUUAUACUGAAGGGGUUGGUUUGCGACUGUGGCCGCAAAUGCUGAACUCUUUCAGAUAUAAUGAAACGACAUUGAUGCAGUUGAGACGUAUUUAAGUUCAUUCAUUGUGUUUUAUGUUAAGAAUGUGCUGAACUGUUUCAAAGCCUAUUGAAUGUAGGAAGAUUACACCACCAAGUAAAGCUCUUUUGUGCUUAGUUCUUCCAUGUGUUUUAGAGAACUUUAAGCUCUUAAAGUACUGAUGGCUAAUAUUUGCUUUUCUUUCUUUGAAUUUUUUAUAAUAUAUUAUUUCUGUAAAUUAGAGUUUGGUGCUUGUGAGUCACUAAGAAUAGUUUAUUGCAAAAAUUUGCAAUUUAUUUAUUAGCUAAUUGUGUGGAAUUUUGUCGUGUGACUGAAAAAUGUGUUUAAGUAUGUUCAUUUGUUGAUCCUGCCAGUUUAAUGGUAGCAUCGGAAAGCAAACCACGUUAUGUACAUCACAAAAUAAAAUCAUUGUUUUUGUAGUCAUCAUCAUCACCAUACCUUGUAUUGCAGACUGCUUGUCAGAUUCUGCACAAUACAGUUCAUAACAAUUGCAAAACUUAAUUUAUAACUUUAUGCUGCAGUGGGCCAAAUGAUAGAUAUAAUGUUAAAUCAUUAUGUUACUGUAAUUAAACAUUGCGGCUAUCAUGAGAUUUAUUUCCUGUCAUGAAAGACUGAUAGCUUGUCAAAUAGCGAUGUAAUUUUGCCUUUACAAGUGCUUUGUAUUUUACGAUAGUCCACUAUGGACUGCAUUAAGUUUUGGACUGAAUGUAAUGAUAUUUUACUUAUGUGACUAGAACAAGGUAGUUUUAAAGUAAAUGACAUAACAGAUGAUCAUGUAGUUGAUAAGAUUAAAUUCUUUUUUGUACCACG